AUGCUUCCACUACUAGACUUUUUCGCCACCUACGUUCUGCAUGGCAGACAGACCCCUGCCGCAAAGCAUGCGCCUGUCCCCUCUUCUAAAGGCGCCCGACCUGCUACCGAAAGUGAUUGGAAGACUUAUCUGCUGGAGCUCAUGCAGAGAGUCCAUGCUCUUCACUGCAGGGUGCGGCAAGAUUCCAAACUAAACGCGCAUGGGAUCACCGACGCCGUUCAAAUAUGGAAUGACCUUGCCAGCUGGAAACCGGGCGAAGAGCAAUUCUCUACAGAGGAGCAAAUUAUGUUGUUCGGAUCCUGCCAAUCCGCUAUUUUUAUUUGGACAUAUUUUCUCAUGCACCCAGGCGACAUGGAGGGCUGGAAGGCACAGGAAUCAUCAAAUGAUAUACUAUCAAACUUAUCGGAGAUCGAAGCGUCUGAGCUCGCGCCGCUAAUGAUCAUUCCGCUUUUCUUUGCUGGGCUCACUGCUACGGAUCUGGAUGAUCUAAAAACAGUCAAUGAGAUAUAUGAACAGUUGGAGGGAACUACACAACAUAAGGCUCUCAAAGACUCGUGGCGUAUCCUCCAAGUGGCCUGGGAUGAUGAUUACAAAGGGGCUCGAUCUAGCUGGGACUGGAUAAGGUAG